AUGGAGUUUGGUGGCGGACUGGGGAGAUUUUCGAUAUCCCCUCCAAUUAAAAAUAAAUGUCGAGAAAUUGUGGAAGUCCCAGGGGGUCCCGAGUGGAAGAUUCGGAAAUUACGAGAGGAAUUUGAUGAAUUUUGUUGGAAAUAUCCGGGUAGCUCGGUGAUUGUCUACUAUCAUCUAAAAAGGUUGCAGAAAACGGUCCCAAAUUUUUUCGAGGACCAUCAGAUUUUUGUGUCCGUCGCUUGUGCUGUACAGGAAUUGGGAAUUUGGUAUCGAGGGAAAAUUGCUCAGAUUUCGGGAGAAGAGCAUGUUGUCGUUGAAUUGGUAGAUUUCGGAACCCAAAUUCUCGUGCCACGUCAUCACAUCCGUCCCCUAAUUCGCCGGUUCGGCCGGGCUCCGCCCCUUUGUCUGAAAUGUCGAGCCGAUGGAAUAACGAUCAAUGAUUUGGAAAUUAAGGAUCUUCAUGACUUCAAAAAUAUCAUUUUGGAUUGUAAUGCACUUUUUCGAGUGGAAAUCAAGUCGCUGGAAGAGCCCUUCUUGAAUGAAGUAUUCCACGAAGACGACGAGGAUUUCAAAGAGGAGCAUGGUGAUGGUGACUAUUUCCCAUCGUUCCAUCCAACUACAGUAAUCCCGGACCACCAAACAAUUGUUCAAAAAUCCCAAAAAUUCAUUUCCCGUCUUCCAAAAUGCGCCAGAGCUCCGAGAUUCGAGCAGGACACAUUGCUCAUUGACCACAUUGAAAAUGCUCAAUUAGUCUAUCUACAGUACCCCUGGCAGGUCUCAAAACGAUCCAAAAUUGAUGAUUUUCUGAGAGCCACGUGGCAAAAUUUGCCAAAAAUUCCGGAAAAAUUCCGCCAAAAAGAUCAAAUUUGUGCGAUUCGAAAUCCGCGAAUCGAUUUUGUUGUCGGGCAGUGA